AUGGUGGCAAAACACUUAAGAAUAAAUGGUACGCUCGUCGAAAGAGAUGUUCAAAAUGACCCGGAAACAACCAAGGAUAAAUCAUCACAAGUAAUAAAUACUUUAACCGCUACUUCUGGUCAUCAUCAUCUGGCAACUUUAACUGGAAAUCAUCAUGUUUCUGCUACCUACAAGCAAACAUCGUCGGCGAACAAACUCUUAAAACCUAGUGCCACACAAAGUUCGAAAACGUAUACGAGUACAACAUCUACGCUGCCCGACCAAUCAAAUCUUUCGUCAACCGAUGGUGGUAAUGAGUCGAAAACGUCAUUUCAGUGGUUCGGAGUUAUAUUGAUUGCUGCGACGAUAAUAAUAAUAAUGAUUGCCAUGAUAUGUCGAAAAUAUAAAAGUCAUGAGCACUCUUAUAGAGUUGAUGACCAUGAUGCUCAUGAUUACCCAUCACCAGCAGUAAUUAAAGACAGUGGUGGUGACCGAUCAAGUAAAACAUUAGUGCAUGAAUUAGAGAUGGAGCAUCAGGGUAUCUCCUCGAUGAACCGAAUGACUUUAAGCGAUUACAAUGAUUAUAGUGACGCUAUUCAACCGGAUUACCCUUCGUUUGAAUCAUUAUUUCCGAAUCCACCCGAGAGAGUUGUUUCUAAAAAGUGA